GUUCCUUAUAAUGUCAGUCGUGGAUUCAUUAAAUAGAUUCAUUCUCUUCUCAGAAUAUUUGUCGAGCAGCUUUGAUUACGUAUUAGUAAUUUUAUAUCACCGGUUUAAUCUUCGGUUCGAUGACGAUGAUGCAACAAGAUUCGGCAGCUGAACAAAGAGAAAUCUCUAUAAUCGUGGACGAUUCGUCUUCUCCUCGUCCUCCUCAUUCUCAGGGUGAUCAUCAGGUGGAAGAAAAAUCUUCUGAAGAUGUACAGAGCUCUCAAACCCACCUGGAUCUCUCAAUACAAAUACCCCUUAGUUCAAUUCCAUUUGUUAGCGGCCAUACCUCAAAGACCUCUCUAAAGUCCACAAGUUCAUUCAAAAGUGGCAGUACAUCCUACUCACCAAGAGGGAUCUUGCGGAAUCUAAGCUUGCAAAAGAAAGUUGUAGCUCACCCUGAAAGCGAGAGAAGAUCUCUUCUAUCUCCCUCUCCCAUGGAAACAGCUAAAACUCCCAGCACUGCUGGUUUAACAACUUCUCCUUAUUGGAAAAGAUGUUUGUCCCUUCCUUCUAGAUAUGCCGCAAAGUUGUCUCCUGUGGUACCUCCACAGGUUCCAGUUGGUGUGCCCGGUGGACCUCCUAAUAAAGAUCCUACUUAUCCAGCAGUUCCAAGGUCCUUGUCCAUGCCUGGGGGAAACAAAGUGAUUGUGAGAUCUGUUUCUUUCGAACACCACAAAGCUCGUGUUUCGUCUGUAACAAGCUCAGAUCAAACCUCUCCCGUUCCUACAGAAGAAACCGAUGAAGAAAUUCCAGAAGAAGAAGCUGUGUGCAGGAUCUGUCUAGACGUUUUUGAAGAAGGCAAUACACUAAAAAUGGAGUGCAGCUGCAAAGGUGACCUCAGACUUGUUCAUGAAGCGUGUGCCAUCAAGUGGUUCAGCACAAAGGGGACAAGAACAUGUGACGUAUGUAGACAAGAAGUCAAGAACUUACCAGUUAUAUUACUUCGUGUGCCUACCACUAAUCAACCAAACAACAUGCGUGAUCUCAAUCAACAGAUACAGUCACAAACCGCUAGUGCUUGGCAAGAGUUUGUGGUGUUGGUUCUAAUCAGCGCGGUCUGUUACUUCUUCUUCCUCGAGCAAUUACUGAUUAGGGACUUGAACACGCAAGCUGUCUACAUAGCAGCGCCGUUUUCAUUAAUGUUGGGCCUCUUAGCAUCUCUUUUCGCCAUUGUCCUAGCUAUCAGAGAAUACAUAUGGACAUACGCAGCACUUGAGUUUGCUCUUGUGGGCAUUUUGGUUCAUCUAUUAUAUACUGCAGUUAGACUACCUCCCAUCUACUCUAUACUAUUUGCAGGGAUUCUUGGUUUUGGGAUAGCUGUGUGCUUAAACUCAUUGUACCUUCAUUAUUUCGCUUGGCGUUUGCGUGUUGCAGAGAACUCAACUCAAGUAUGAAUGUAGUAAACACAACUUGGUUUUGGUUUUGGUUUGUCUGUUCUUCAUUGAGUUUGUACCAUGGAAGUUGUUCAUAUGAUCCAGAAGUGACAUGUUAAAUGUAAAUGUAACUACUCUUCUUGGAACAUGUUAAUCAAGUUCCUUUUGUGUC